UCUGUGUGUAACAGGUAAUGUACAUCAGGAAGUUACUGCUCUGUCACCGCCAUCGAAUGUUUUAACCUGAGAUUUUACAAAAUGCAAAUAUCGUGGGUUUGAUAACAUUUAUCCGGAAUCAUUUAGGCACAUCUCUUUGUUGUUUUAUCAGUGGACAUGCGGCUCACAAAAAAAUGCGCUCGAGCGCUCCUGGGAAUUGUGACUUUGCUCCUCAACCUGUCAGAAUGUCUGCGCAUGACCGUCCGCCCUGACAAAGAUGCUACUGUGACUGUGUCGUCCUCACUGCUCCUUCCAUUGGAACAGUGUUCCGUAUGCAAGGUCAAUGGCACUGAGAAUGACACCCAGACGACCUGUCACUCAUCGCUGGCCCUGGUCCCUGAUGAGGAUGUCACCUUGCUCUUCAACUGCACUGAACCACCACAAAGUGCUUUCGUCAUCCAGAUCCACAGGAAAAUCGAAUGCACCAAUGACACCUGCAGCCCUGCCACGGGUGUGGCUCAGCCUUCCCUCUUCUCAGAGUUCAUUAGAACACUCGUCUGGGACCUAAGUGUGCCGGAGAAGACCGUUAUGAAUUUGGACUUCCCUGUUGACAGGCUGAAGGAGAUGACUGAAUCAGAGUUGUGUCAAGAUGGCUACCAGUACACUGUAACCAGGACCAACACUGAACGAGAGGUCAAAACUCAGACAUACUGCAAGAAUGGCCUCGUGGCUCACCUUCAUAUACCGAGCCAAGCCACGGUGUCUUUGCAAGUUCCAAAAGGCAGAGAGGUGGAUUCCUCUAUAUUCACGGCCAAACCAAUAAAGAAACAGAGCCGGAUGAUCUCCGUGACUCCAGAGCCAGACACUAUCGUCACCAUCAGCAGAAACACCAAAGCCAAAGAGUGCAGUGUGUGUGUUGGGGAGGGGCCUACCUGCAACCCCAAAGAACUCGUCCUGAGAGCUGCCCGCAACACCUCUGUGAAGUUCACCUGCCCACAGCCACAAGAUGUCUUCAGUGUGGAGAUCAACAGGGAGAUUGAUUGCACAGAGAUCACCUGCAGCGGGAACAUCGUCCAGACGGAGUCCUCCCUCUUCCCAGACUUCAACAGAACCUUCACCUGGGACCUGAAAGUUCCACCUGGCCUUUCCUUCCAGCUGGACUUCCCAUCGCCGGGAAUGAGACAGAUUCCACCCUCUGAGACCUGUCCUGACGAGCAUACCUACACCAUCAUCACGUACCAGCGCACCGGGCUCGCCACCAUCGGCAUUUUCUGCCCAGGCGGCAGCAUCACUAGGAUCCAGGUGUUGUACAAGGGCCGGGUGUCCCUGCAGGUCCCUGGGGACAGGAAGCUGGAGCCGCUGGACUUCAAGGUCACCGUCGGACCGGAAAUUAAAAUGCUGGCUGUGGUAAAAGUCAACCUACCUCGAGGGGUGUCAGAUACAGACUUCCUCUCAGCCAACUACCCUAGAGGUUUCCCUGAUGACGACCUGAUGAGGUGGGACUUCACGGUGCCCGGCAUGCAUAACUACACGGUUAACUUCCUGAAUCACACAGAGUCUCUUUGCCAGAAGAAGGAAGUGAUGGUGAUGUACCACAAGGCGCGUGGGAAGGUGGGCAUCCAGAAGACCCUGGCGGACCCCCAGCCAACACACAGGCAGGGCAGCUUCACCAUGACCCUAUUUAACUGUGAGACAGACAGGACCAAACCGGGCCUGUCCCUCAAAUUUAGGGUCUCAGUGAUGAGGAGCGGCCAUCCAGUUCUCUGCACUGUAAAUCUGUCAGAGGAUGAAGGGCUAGUUCUCCACUUUGAGAAGAGGGGAUCUGACCCCUACUGUGAGAUGAGGAAGGACUCUGUGCUCCAGGAGAAGAUCACAGUUCCCUCAGGGACCAAAGCCAAGCUUUCUUUCCUGGACUGUCCAAGUGAAGACCUACGUCUGACAGCUGUUAAAACCAUAGGAUGCCGGAGUUUAGACUCAUGCUCCGUGACUGGGACUCUCCUCACGGUCCCUAAAAUGCCGACGUGCCUCCCUACGCUACUUCAAAGCUUCACCUGGCACCUCAUUAUCCCAGUAUAUGGCACCGUGAAUUUACUGUCCCCCACAGGAAACCUCAGGCAGUCCCUGCCAGGACAGGAGUGCAAUGGCAGUGUCUCCCUUCACAUAGCAGAGGGUGAUGGGUCCUCCAUUGGCUACUUCUGCUCCGAAGGCAUCAUUCGCAAAAUCCAAGUGCACUCCAACGUCUCUAUUACUGCCACAGCGAAGGACCUUAGCCUGAUUCAAGGGCCUUUCCUCAAUGUGUCCUUCAGUGAAAAAAUCUCAGACAGCAUCAUAUAUACAGUCCAGCCCGGAAUGGGUUCCCCUGCCCUCCUGGCCACCCCAAACUGGCCCAUCGGCAUGAAGCCAUACUCCACCGUGUCCUGGAUCAUCAAUCUGCCGGGCCACCUCCAGGCCGACCUGCUGUUGACCAACAUCAGCCAGCCCAAGUGUGGCAAGGGGCACACGUUCAUCAAGGUGCAGACCCUGGGCUCUCCAGAGGAGCUAUUGAGUCGAAGGGAGGAUAAGGAGGCAGAGGACAAACUGAUGGUCCCUGAAAGCUUCUACCUCAACAUGUCCAACUGUAUGCCGGAGAACGGACACUUCAGUGUGCUCAGCAAGGUUACCCUGCAGAAGACUAGCCAGCUGCUCCUGAGCGGCAUCCUGGGUGCUGUGGGAGCAGUGCUGCUCCUUAUGCUUAUUGUGCUGACAGUCUUCUUGGUGUUCAGGAAGAAGAAAAGAGCGAUGGCCAAUGAUGCUUCCAUCUGUAUAGGGAAAGGGAAUAUCUUCAUCCCAGGCGAUCAUGUGUUCCCCAAAACUCGGUCGGACAGCGAGUCUCACAUUUACGCCUCCAUCGAAGACACCAUGGUGUACAGCCACCUGUUGCGCGAGCCCAGCUACGUGGGCGCCAUCCAGGACCACUUCCAAGGACAGCCGGUCGACACCUAUCGGACGUUCAUGGCGCUCCAGGAUGGAGUGCCAGAGAUCACAGAGACAGCUGCAGACCAUGAGCCUGAACUGGUGCCUGAGAUGGACCAGUAUAGACCUUUCUUGGACCCGUCAGAAACCUUCAUCCCGUCGAGACCUCGCACGCCUAUUGACCGCCAGGACAGCAUGGGCUUCAUGGACCGCAGGAUGGUAGACAAUGAGCUCUACACGUUCAAGAGCACUGGGGACAUUAAUACGAUUAGACCUUCGGGGGCAAACCAAAUCCUAGAUCCAGAGACCUUCAUCGACUCGAAGGGGGAGGAAUCCAUUUAGCGUGAGGCGGUACUGUGAGAUGGACUACUGUUACUCAUUUCACAUAGCUCAACGUGUUUCAGGUUCACUGCAGUGGAGAAAUGGGGUGUAAAUGUGCCUUUGCGUAACAUUCAGGGAGUCUGUAUUAGUGGUGUUGUGCCUACUGCACAAGACCAUCAGACAAAUUUUCUGAAACGGCACACGGUGCUGCUCUUCUGUGUUUACAUUACUGGUCUACUUGGUUUUUGUGUAUAUUUCUAUUUUAAUAGUUUUAUAUGCUAGUAUAUAUUGAAUGUUGCUCUGGACACUGGUGUGUUAUGGGUUUAAGAGCCGGGGUGCUUGUUUUGUUUGUCAGUUUUGUACCUAGUGUUGUUUAUGCCUUGUGGCAAGGGUUUUUCUCUGUAAAUAUGUGUUUUUAUACAUUUCUCUGCCAAUUGUUUUUAUUUUUAUAAAUUCCUUAGACAUUUUGA